GAGCUGAAUAUCUCCGUAGGGAGCACACUGGGCAAUUGCCUGAAAGUGGAGUCUUUCCUCGGAGAGGGCGGCUUUGGAUUUGUUACCAAAUGCUGCAAUACAAAAACCAACGAGAAAGUUGCCGUCAAAGUCAACAAGAGCCAUCCUGAAAUUUUCAAACAGGCAAAAGUUGAAAUUGACAUGCUGAAACAGCUGCGACGGCUGGAUCCAGACGCCUGCCACAUUGUAAGGUGGAACGGCUUUUUCUUUGACAAGGAUCGUAUCUGUUUAAACUUUGAACUCCUUGACCAAAGCCUGCACGCCUACAUACAGGAACAGCACAACCUAGGUCUUCCCGUCACCGAACUGAAACCAGUUUUAUACCAGCUGGCCAUAGCCCUGUCCCACCUGAAUUCCAUAGGAAUAAUGCACGCAGACCUCAAACCUGAAAAUGUGAUGGUUGUGAACCGGCAUCAGAAGUCGCUCCAAGUCAAGGUUAUUGACUUUGGCCUGGCGCGUCCUCUGUCUGAUGCCGCUCGCGAUCACUAUGUACAGACCCUCUGGUACAGGGCGCCAGAGGUGAUGCUAGCCGCCCCAUUUAAUGAGACCAUUGACAUGUGGUCUCUGGGACUGGUAGCUGCAGAGAUGGUUACUGGGUGUACACUCUACCCUGGAAAUUCAACUUAUGAUGUUCUCCGGUUCAUCGUACACACUCAGGGCCAGCCAGCAGACAAUAUCUUACACUCUGGGAGUGCUACAGAUCAUUAUUUCGAGAUGGAUGAGGAGAAAAACGAACUAUUCUGGAAAUUUAAGACCCCAGAAGAGUAUGAGAUUGAGACGGGAUACCACCCUCAAGAUACCAGAUACAUCAGACUCAACAGUCUCGAUGACCUUAAGCAAGUGAUGAAAAUCAGGAGAGGACAUCACGAUGAUCAGCAUCUACUGGUGGCCCUGAUUAAAAGCAUGCUGAACCUGGAUGCUAAUCAACGGAUCAAACCAAUGGAUGUUCUGAAGCAUCCUUUCUUUGCAUCCAUCCUCCCUCAGAGCUCCUAUGUAGACUCCUACACAGACAAGAACCCUCAAGUUAGUCAACAGCAGCCAUUGGAGGAGAACAUAAACAGUCAGAAAGAUGACUACAUAAUGGAGGAAAUUCUUGGGCAGGGUGGCUUUGGAGUUGUAAUGAAAUGUCAUAAUAAGAAAACCAACAAAUCUGUAGCCGUCAAAGUCAACAAAAACAUACCUGAAACAGUGAGACAAGCAAAACUGGAAAUUGACAUUCUAAAACGGCUGCGAUGUCUAGAUCCAGAUACUUGUAACAUUGUGAAAUGGAAUGGCUUCUUCUUUGAUAGGGAGCAAAUCUGUAUAGACUUUGAACUCCUUGAUCAAAGCCUGCACUCCUACAUACAGGAACAACGCAGACAAGGUCUUCCCAUGACAGAAGUGAAGUCAAUUAUACAACAGCUGGCCACGGCCCUGUCCCACCUGAACUCCAUAGGAAUAGUACACGCUGAUCUCAAACCUGGCAAUGUGAUGGUUGUGAACCGCCAUCAGAAGCCACUUAAACUCAAAGUUAUUGACUUUGGGCUGGCACAUCCUGUGUCUGCAGCCACUCCUGGUGUCUGUGUGCAGACCCUCUGGUACAGGGCACCAGAGGUGAUGCUAGCUAUCCCAUAUAAUGAGGCCAUUGACAUGUGGUCUUUGGGACUGGUAGCUGCGGAGCUGGUUACUGGGUAUCCACUCUACUCUGGACUUACAGACUAUGAUGUUCUCCGGUUCAUCAUACACACUCAAGGCCAGCUGGCAGACCACAUCUUACACUGUGGGCAGGCUACUGAGUAUUUUUUCCAGGUUGAUGACAGCGGCCAACAAUACUGGAGACUUAAAACCCCAGCAGAGUUUGAGAAUGACACAGGAUACCAAGCUAAAGAUACCAGAUUCAUCAGACUCAACUGUCUGGAUGACCUUGAGCAAGUGAUGAGAAUGAAGACAGGACACCAUGAUGAUCAGCAUCUGUUGGUGUCCCUCAUAAAAAGCAUGCUGCACCUGGAUGCUAAUCAACGGAUCAAACCACUGGAGGUUCUGAAGCAUCCUCUCUUUGCAUCCAGCAAAGACAAAAAUCCUCAGAUUAGUCAGCAGUCACUCUGCUGGCAGAUUACAGAACCAAGAAAUCAUGACACAAAUCAACCUGGGAAUCGUGUCAAGCUUGACAUUAAUGCCUACAUGGAGAAGGACAUCAUCAUGCAGUCGGCCCCUAGAUCCCAGAAUAAUGACUACACGGAGGAGGAUUUACCUUCGAAGGGCGGCUCUAGAUUUUUCACCAAAUGGCGUAAUCCAGAAAUCAACCAGCCCAUCAAACCACAGGAAUUUGUGCAGCCCCCUGUCGGCAAGUCCAGCAUCCCUCAGAGAUCCUAUAAAAAGACCUACACUGAAAUACUGGACAUAGAAUACAAAGACCCUCAAGUUAGUCAGCAGUCUUUCUGCUGGCACAUUGGAGAACCAGGAAAACCUGACACAAACCAACCUGGCCAUUCCGUCAAACGUGACAUCAAUGCCUACAUGGAGGAGGACAUCAUCAUGCAGUCGGCCCCUAACUCUCAAAAUAAUAACUAUGCGGAGGAGGAUUUACCUUCGAAGGGUCGCUCUAGAUUUUUCACCAAAUGGCGCAAUCCAGAAAUCAACCAACCCAUCAAACCACAGGAGGUUGUACAGCUCCCUGUCCUUGAGUGCAGCGUCCUUCAGAGAUCCUAUGAAAAGACCUACACUGACAUACUUGAUAUAGAAUACAAAGACCCUCAGGUUAGUCAGCAGUCUUUCUGCUGGCAGAUUGGAGAACCAGGGCAAUCUGAUACAAAACAAUCUAGUCAUUCUGUCAUAUGUGACAUCAAUACCUACAUGGAGAACGACAUCAUCAUGCAGUCUGUCCCCAACUCUCAGAAUAAUGGCCACAUGGAGGAGGAUUUACCUUCAAAGGGUCGCUCUAGAUUCUUCACCAAAUGGCGCCAACCAGAAAGCAACCAAGGCAUCAAACCACAGGAGGUUGUGCAGCCCCCUGUCAUUGCAUCCAGUGUUCCUCAGAGCUAUGAGGACGGUGAAGUUAGUCUGCAAAACUUUCUGCUGCCAAAUUGGAGACCCAGGAAACACUGAGCCUAGGAUCCAAAGUUCAACUUUAUUACUGGUCGAUGCAUCAGAAGAGAACACAGAAAACAUCACCAUCCAGCCUGGCAGAAACCCUCAGAAAAAUGGCUACACAGACGAGGAUUUCCUCUUGAAGGGAGGCUCUAGAUUUUUCACCAGAUGGCGCCAUCCAGAAAACAACCAAGGCAUCAAACUCUUGAUGUUAUGCAGCCACCAUAGGAACACCAGCCCCACCUGAAUCAACAACAAUUAAUUUAUCCAGCAAAUGCUAUUCAUUAGACAUAAUAUACUACUAUAUAUAUA